AACCCCCUUUCCCCCCCCCCCCCCCGCAGCGAGGCCCCCGCCUCCCCCAGCACACGCGAGGCCAUCCAGGGCAUGCUGUGCAUGGCCAACCUCCCCGCCGGCACCCCCCUGGGCCCCCCCCCGUGGUGGGCGGGGGGGGCCGGGCCCGAGCGGGCCGGGGGGGCCGCUGCUGGGCUCGGGGCGGGUGCGGGGGGGCCCCGGCGCGCCGCUGCCGCCCCCCCCCCGGCCCCCCGCAGCACGGACAGCGAGGACGAGGCCAGCCUGGAUGAGCAGGACAGCCUGGGGGCGUGCUUCAAGGAUGCUGAGUACAUUUACCCCUCAUUGGAGUCAGAUGAGGAUGAUCCAGCGCUCAAAUCCCUGCCCAAGAAGAAGAAGGUCACGGAUGAUGCCCCAUGGAGCCCCAAAGCCCGGGUGACCCCCUCGCUGCCCCGGCAGAGCCGCCCGGUGCGGGAAGGGACGAGGGUGGCAUCGGUGGAGACCGGGCUGGCGGCCGCCGCUGCCAAACUGGCCCAGCAGGAGCACCGGAAGCUGCAGCGCAGGAAGGGCCCAGCCAAGCGCCGCCCCCCCUCUCCCCCUUCCCCCGAGGAGGAAGAGGAGGAAGAGGAAGAGGAAGAAGCGGAACCCGAGCCGGAACCCGAAGGGGACCCCGAAGGGGACCCCGAACCUGAACCCGAGGUCGAGCCCACCCCGGAGCCCCCUUACCCCCCCAGCUUGGCGGACCAUGAGUACACGGCUCGCCCUGGAGGGGGGGGGCCAGGCCUUGGGGUUCCCCAAGCGGGGCGAGCGCCCACCCCUAUGGCCCCCGGGGUGUUCCUCACCCAGCGCCGCCCCCCCCACGCCCCCCCAGCGGCUGCACAGGGGAAGCGCCCCAAGAAGGGGUUGGCCACGGCCAAGCAGCGCCUGGGCAGGAUCCUCAAGAUCCAUCGCAAUGGGAAGCUGCUCCUUUAAGAAAAGGGGCGGGGCCAUGGGGAUUGGCCACGCCCAGAAAAGGCGGAGCGAACAACAGGCCACGC